UGUUUCUGGUGGGGAGCUCUUUGACCGGAUCCUAGAGCGUGGUGUCUACACAGAGAAGGAUGCCAGUGUGGUGAUCCAGCAGGUCUUGUCUGCAGUGAAAUACCUCCAUGAGAACGGCAUCGUCCACAGAGACCUAAAGCCGGAAAACCUGUUGUACCUCACCCCUGAGGAGAACUCCAAGAUCAUGAUCACUGACUUUGGUCUGUCUAAGAUGGAGCAGAACGGAGUCAUGUCCACAGCCUGUGGGACCCCGGGCUACGUGGGUGAGUCUGGGAGCCCGGAGGCAUUCAACACCACUUACAGAGAGAUGAUUGUCUGGUAGAGC